GUAGAUAUGAAGGGGGCAUACCAGCAGAAGUAAUGCAUGUAGAAUGUGGGUGUGAUGGGUGUUAAAGGAAGUGUGCAUAUCCUAUGGGGUGUUGCUAUGUGACUGGAAGUGGUGCCUCUCUCUCUGUGUGUGUGUGUGUGUGUGUGUGUGUGUGCAUUGUAUGCAUUAUAGGAAUAGCCAAGUAAACCUUUAGUCAUUUCUUUCAAUAAGCCUCUCUGUCGUUAAACUGCCUGACUAUGCUUGCGAUUAACAUUUACAGCCCAUGUGACAUUCACACGAAAAAUAAACACACACAAACACAUGUGUACAUGCGCGCACGCACACACACACACACACACACACACACACACACACACACACACACACACAAGCAAUGUGAGUGGUGAGCGGACAAGUGGAGUGUGAGAGAGUGGAGUAGUGUAGAGGGAGGGAGCAGGGGUGACUCACGCAGCCAAUCAGUGCUGAGUCCCAGCGCACAGGGGCUGGUUUCCUUUUACAGUCUCUCAGCAACGCAGGCUAUUUUAAAGAGACACCACACUUCACACACAUGCACACAGCAGCAGCACCCACCCACCCUCACACACACACACACACACGCACACACACACACACACAUACACACAACCAUGCGCUCACACACAUGCACACACAGCUGAACCUGACAGGGACAACAUAUGGGCUGCCUCUGUAUCUGAACGGUGAGGGUGGAGGAGAUCGAGAGACCGAGAGAGAGUGAGAGAAAAAGAAAGAAAGAAAGAAAGAAAGAAAGAAAAAAGAAAGAAAGGAAGAGAGAAAGAAAGAAAAAGAAUAAAGAAGGAAAGAAGAGAGAAGACUUGAAUGUGAGAAGGUGGCUCGGAGAGAGACAAGGCAUAACUUGCACUGGACUGGGCGGAUGCGAGUGUUUGGUGAUGUGGACGCGACUGUCCUGACGUCCCUGGAAAAGGAGCAUCUGACUCUCUGGCUGCGUUGGCACCCACGUGGAGCUUAGCCGGCACUUUCUAUCCUGUCCUGGCCACCUGUCCACUUAGUCCCCGGAUCAGCCGCUUAGUCCUCCACUGGAGCAGGACGAGACCGACUGCACUGACCUGAGGUCUGCCACAUCUGAGCAGAGACUGAGAGGGAGAGAGAGAGAGAGAGAGAGAGAGAGAAACAGAGAGAGAGAGAGAGAAACAGAAAGAGGGAGAGAGACAGACAGAGAUACUGAGUGAAAGAGAGAGACAGAGAGAGAAACAGAGAGAGAGAUCAAGUCAGAGAGUGAGAGAGACAGAGAGAGAGAGGGACAGAGAGAGAGAGAGAAAGCGAGUAAUAGAGAGAGAGAGAGACAGAGAGAGAUACCAAGUCAGAGAGAGAACCAGAGAGUGAGAGGGUGUGUGUGUGUGUGUGUGUAUGUGUAUACUUCCUACAAAUGCUUCGGAGAGUCAAAUGCUCUCUCUCUGUCAGUAAACCUAAUUUGAAUUGGAUUUGAAUUGAACUGCUGAAGACAGAGAGAGGGGGGGAGAACAAGAGCUGGAACAAGACACAAGAACUACCACACACAGCACACAGAGCAGACGACCCAGAGAGCCAGAGACAAGGGGGAAAAGGGAAAGUGAGACCCAGUGAGUCCCAGCGCUCAGUCUCCGGUAAAUUCCGUUGGAUUAGUUUUUUCUUCUCCGGUACCCUCGGCGCCCUCUUUAUUCCCGGCGGGUCCGGAAUGCUUUUCUCCGCCGGCACGGUCAGCCGCCCACGGUCCCUCGGAGCGCCAUGAAGCGCUUCAGCAGCCUGCGGGGCAACAAGAAGCGCAAGGAGCAGGAUGGGCGCACCGGGCGCCGCCAGUCCGAGCCGCACGGCCUCCUGGGCACCACCGGGCGACGGGCAUCGCAGCCCAGCGUGCCGUCCUCGCUGUCCUUCUGCAACCCGCGCGCAGCCUCGGGAAUGUCCUCUCCGCCCACCAGCCCGCCCGCUCAGGUGACCAAGCCCCUGUCCUUACCUGUGGACGCGUACCGCAGCGAGAGGUCGGACGAGCGCCUGGACAGAGCCCAGCGGCUCCAACACCAUCACCAUCCUCCUCCUCAUCAUCCUCCUCAUCAUCAUCAUCAGCAGGAGCGUGAGCGGCCCCGGUCCCUCUCCUCGCCGCUGGACACUGGGCAGCCGCGCCUCAGCCUGCCCCCCUCCUCCUCCUUCUCCUCCUGCUCCUUCGCCAAACCCCCCAUGACCCCCGCCUCCGCCCCCAUCGCUACCUCACGACUGGUCCCCGGUCUUGCUGAAGGCAUGCUGGAGAAACUCGACCUCGAGGAUGACGUUGUUGAAGAAUCUGAGAGUGAUAUUUACACACGCUUUAUGAAAUCCCACAAGUGCUACGACAUUGUUCCCACAAGUUCCAAACUGGUUGUUUUUGACACUACGUUACAAGUGAAGAAGGCGUUCUUUGCUCUGGUGGCCAAUGGCGUGAGGGCGGCCCCUCUGUGGGAGACCAAGAAGCAAAGCUUUGUGGGAAUGCUAACCAUCACAGACUUCAUCAACAUACUACACAGAUACUACAAGUCGCCCAUGGUACAAAUCUACGAGCUAGAGGAACAUAAGAUAGAGACAUGGAGAGAGCUCUAUCUACAAGAAACAUUUAAGCCUUUAGUGAACAUAUCACCAGAUGCAAGCAUAUUCGAUGCUGUGUAUUCGCUGAUCAAAAACAAGAUCCACCGGCUGCCCGUGAUCGACCCGGUCAGCGGGAACGCACUUUACAUCCUCACCCACAAGAGGAUCCUCAAGUUCCUCCAGCUCUUUGUGUGUGAGAUGCCAAAGCCGGCCUUCAUGAAGCAGACGCUGGGGGAGCUGGGCAUCGGCACCUACAGCCACAUCGCCUUCAUCCACCCCGACACGCCCGUCAUCAAAGCCCUCAGCCUCUUCGUGGAGCGCCGCGUCUCCGCCCUGCCCGUCGUCGACGAGUCCGGAAAAGUGGUUGAUAUUUAUUCCAAGUUUGAUGUCAUAAACCUUGCUGCUGAGAAGACGUAUAAUAACCUGGACAUCAGUGUGACCCAGGCUCUGCGCCACCGCUCCCAGUACUUUGAGGGGGUGAUGAAGUGCAACCUGAUGGAGACACUGGAGACCAUUGUGGACCGGAUAGUCAAAGCUGAGGUGCACAGGCUGGUGGUGGUGGAUGAGAACGCGAGUAUCGCGGGCAUCGUGUCCCUGUCGGACAUUCUGCAGGCCCUGGUUUUGACCCCUGCAGGACUGGAGAAGCGCAAGGAGAGCGUGGCGGAGUGAGGAUUCGGACGCUGCCACCUGUUGAGUUGCACCAGCUGCCGGAGCUGAAGUGGGCACAGCCCUCCCCUACCACCAGGGUGGCACCGUUGGGCGCGGGCAAGGG